GAGGAGUCAUUACGUUUGAACUAAGCGCGCCGCUUCACUGUUUUUAGGAACUCAAAACUAAUCCAAAAUAAGCUAUAUAACACAAUUAUGGAGUUUAAUUGAACAAAUCCGUGUGAAUAAGAUUUCUUGAUCAUCUCAGCGUCAUCUGGACCAACAAUGCCUAUUCGAGCAUACUGCACCAUCUGCUCAGAUUUCUUUGAUAAUUCCAAAGAUGUGGCUGCAAUUCACUGUGGUCACACUUUUCAUUAUGCCUGUCUUCUUCAGUGGUUUCAGUCGGCCCCAAACAAAACCUGUCCACAGUGCAGGAAGCAGGUCAGUACGCGGCACAUUAUCAACAAGCUGUUCUUUGACAUAGCUCCAGAGGAUGAUGGGACGCCGGUGGACCCAGAAAGUUUACAGAAUGAGCUUGAUCGCAUGAAAGCAGUGUUGUCUGGAAAAGAGAAAGAAUGGAGGGACAAGCAGAAGUCAGUGGACACUCUAAAAGACACUAUUGAGAAGCAGAAAAAGGACCUGGAAAGACUCCGAAAGGAAAUCGGAGACAAAGAGAUGCUGUGUUCUGUCCUCCGGAAACAGAUGAAUUUCUUGGAGAGUCAGAAAAAUGAAGGGCAGGCAGCUAAAGAGGAAGCCAAGCGACUCAGAGUCAAAAUGAAAACCUAUGAGAGUUUAGAUGUAGUCCUACAGGGUCAAAGGUCAGAGGUGGAGGCCAUGAUCACUGAUAUGGGUGUUGGUCAGUCUGCUGUUGAACAGCUGUCCAUUUACUGCAUCUCGCUUAAAAAGGAGUACGACAAUCUAAAAGGAAGCCUCAAGUCAUCAAAUGAGAUGUGUGAGAAACUAAAAAGGGAACUGAUCUCGUCUAACAGCAAGUUGCAAAAAGCCACUACAGAGACAAACAGGACAAAGGAGGACAUGAAGGCACUUCAGAAUGACCUGUCCAAUGCCGACAAAGAGAUCACUAGCUUGAAGAAGAAGGUGGAAAUUCUUCAACGGACAUUAAGCACUCCGACCCGCACCAAUGAGGCCAUCAGCAGACUGGUCUUCGAAAGCCCUGCACCUUUGGAGCUGAAGCCUCCUGGUCCUGGUCCGAUGACAGACUCUCAGGAAAUUGACCUUAACCUGACCUUCGACAUUAACACACCUGAACAGGUGGAGAAGAAACCUGUUCAGGUGCCAUCUAAGAAGAUGCGUCUGGACCCUUCAGCGUCCUCAUCCAAAAAUGUGGAAAAUGCGCUCGGACGUAGUAAUGCUCGUGUUAAAGAUGAUGAUGUCAUGAUGGGACCCAUGUUAAGAAACUCGCUGCUCUUCAGAAAGAACGCAUUUGGAAGCAUGCUGGACCCAUGCAAAUUUGGCACUGUAAGAUCUGGCUAUGAUGGACUUGGAGGAAGAGCCAAAUUUAUCCAACCUUCUCCGUUAUCUGAGAUUCGACCCCUUGCCAUGAAGCCUAAGAGGAAGAAAGUGUCCAGGCCCGUUACAAGCAAGCCCGCCUCCAGCCUGACCACUCUGGAUGGUUUCUUGGAAUAAAACAUCUCCCCUUUGAGGCCUGCAAGAACAUUUUUUCCCAUUAUGCGAAGAAUAAGGGAAGCAACUAUUUACAGCAACGUUAAUAGGGGAAGUGGUCCUAGUGGUCUAUUGCAAAGAACAGUUUCUACAGUGAGUCUGACCAGUUUCAGGGGCUUUCGCAUCCACAAAGAGCUGGAGAUAAAUGGAGAAAAAUGACACUUGCUUUUGGAAGUUUUCAGUAGCGACUGAAAAUGAGGUCUAGUGUUAGACUGUGUUUGUGGAAAUAUCAAUGGCCGGUCUGAGCUGAUCUGUAUGCUUAUCUGUGUGUUUUUAAGCUCUUCCUUGUACAAACUGAAUCGUGCCACUGGGUAGUGGGUGCCUCAUAUUAUGCUAAAAUGAACUUGUGUCUCAUAAGAUAGAAAAGACUUUUAUUUAUUUGACUAGCUCACCAUCAGACUUCAAUAUGACUGCAUGGAUGGUAUUUAAAGUGUCUUUAGGUCAGAGUUCAUGUUUAGUUUUUGUGUUUAUAUUUGUCUGUUUUGUCUUUUCCUUUCUGAAUAUAUUGAUAGAAAUUCAUCUUUGUUUUUUGAGAUUUCUCUAUUUUUUUGUGUGUGUCUCUGUACAGAUGAGUAUAAUUUGAAACAAUAAA